UCCUCUUCCUCCUCAGGGGCAGGUGUAGCCUUGGCAGAGCCCUGAACAUCUGGGACCCCGGGAAUGGCUGGAGGCAUGGCUGGGGGCGUGGGGCCCAGGCUCAGGGACUUCCUGAGUGGGAGCCUGGCCACCUGGGUGCAGGGCCUGGCAGCGCUGGUUGGGGAGGGACAAGAGAAAGAAGAUGGGGAGGAGGAAGAAGAAGGGCCCCUGAGCCCCGAGGAUCGGUUCCUGAGGCUCAGUGACGGGGCUCUGCUGCACCGGGUCAUGGGCCUCAUAGCCCCCAACUCCCGAGGGGGUCUCCGUCCUGGAGGAGUUCAGGGGGGGCCCGGGGCUCGUCGGGUGACACGCCUGAGCCACCUGCAAGCUCGACUCAGAGACUUCUACCAGGAAGAGCUGCAGCUGCUGAUCCUUGUGCCGCCCCCAGACCUCCAGAUGCUGGGCUUUGAGCCCCUCUCAGAGGAGGUCAUAGAGGAGCUGGAGGGGACCCUAAAGCUGAUGCUGGGGGCCUCCGUGCAGUGUGAACACCGGGAACUCUUUAUUCGGCACAUCCAGGGACUCAGCCUUGGGGUGCAGAGUGAGCUGGCAGCUGCCAUCCAGGAGGUGAGCCAGCCAGGUGCAGGCAUGGUGCUGGCCCUGGCAGGGCCUGAGCCAGGGGAGCUGGCCGGCCCAGAGCUGGAGCUGCUGGUCCGAAGCCACAUGGAGGCCUUAGUGAAGCUGGCGAGGGAGCGAGACCGGACAGCCCAGCGCCUGGCAGAAAUGCUGCAGGAGCAAGAGGUGCCCUCCCUCCAGCCAGAACCCCCCCAGGGGGUGUCUCAGGAGGGACCUCACCACCACCUCACUCUGCAGCUGGCAGAUGCCAAGGCCCAGCUCAGGAGGCUGAGGCAGGAGCUGGAAGAGAAGGCUGAGGAGUUGUUAGACUCCCAGGGGGAGGUGCAGGGGCUGGAGUCUGAGAUCCGGAGGCUGCGGCAGGAGGCCCAGGUGCUGUCAGGCCAGGCCAGGAGAGCCACUCUGUACCGAGAGGAGGCCGAGGUGCUUCGGGAACGGGCGGGGCGGCUGCCCCGGCUGCAGGAGGACCUCCGGAGGUGCCGGGAGAGGCUCCAUGUGGCCGAGGCUUACAAGGGCCAGCUGGAGGAGGAGCGGGCCCUGUCAGGAGCUCUGGAGGCUGCCCGGGCAUUGCUGGAGGAGCAGCUGGAAGGCGCCCGGGAGCGCUGCUCACGUCUCCAUGAGACCCAGAGGGAGAACCUCUUGCUGCGGGCACGGCUUGGGGAGGCACAAGUGGAGUUGGAAUCCGCCCGACAACAGCUAGACCACCUGGUAGAAGAGAAUGUGGCACUGGAGGCGGAGUUGAGAUGGACCCUGCAUCCAAGCCCCAGCUCCCCUGGGGAUGCACCGCAGCCUUGCUGGGCCCCCUCACUGCAGGACGAAGUGCGAGAGGUGGAGGUGGGGCGUCUCCGGAGCUUGGAGCAAGAGAACCGGGAGCUUCGAGGCCAGCUUCGGGAGCUGAAGGCAGGGAGAUGGAGCCAGCCUCCCUUAACUGAGGUGGAAGAUGAAGAGUCAGAGGUCCCCAAGCUGGAGGAACGCAACCAGGUCCUGGAGCCCUCAGGGCUCCGAGAUAUCCCAAAGACGAAGAAUGAGCCCCCACCGGUGUUGGCCUCUCUUGGUGACGGUCAUGGAAAAUCUCUCCCAGUCUCAGAAGGGUCUGUGUUGGAGUGCAGCAGGCCCUCAGACUCUCCAGAUGCCUCUGGGGAAGCAGGGAAACCAGUCCGAUCUCAGGACCUGGAUGCGUUGGCCUUGACUCAGCAGCAGUCGAAAGGGAAAGCUGUCCAAGAAGAGCUCCACGGGAAGAGUCUAAGAGGAGAGAUUUCCCUCCAAGGGGAAACGGAGGCUGGGGACUUGAAAAGCAAGGCCUCGAGUGCUCAGCCUAAACCCUUGGAACGGCAGAGUGAGGGGCAGCCGGGGGGCCAGCCUCCCAGUCCAAGGCUGGAGGCGGUGCAGGGAGACGAGGAACAUGGAGAAGUCAAGCCCGUGGUCCAAGAGCAGAGACUGGAGUGUGAGGUCCAGGUUCAGGAGGGGCAAGCAGGGGAAGAUGGGGACUGGGAAAGGGAACAGCAGGCGCUGAAAGGAGACAUAGAGAGUCUGAAGAGGGCCAUGGAGGCUUUGGAGAAAGAACGCGAAUCUCUGAAGGGAGAAGUGGAGGCUGGGGAACAGAGACUGAAGGCCUUGAAUGGGGAGCGUGAGGCUUGGAGAGAAGAGCAGGAGGUCCAGGGACAGAGGCUGGAUGCUCUGGAAAGGGAGCUGGAGAGCCUUCGGCAUGAGCGGGAGACCCUUCGGGGUGAGCUGGAGGCCCAGGGGAGGAGGCUGGAGGCCCGGGGAGAGGAGGCUGCCCGGCUCGGGGAGGAGCUGGCCCGGGCUAGGAAGGCUGAGGCCGAGGCACACUCUGAGGCCGAGGCUGAGGCUCGGGAGCGAGAGGGGCUCCGAGAGGCCCUAGAGGCUGCUGGGCGAGAGUUGGAGGCCGCAGGGCGGGAGCGAGAGGCUCUGGCCGAGGCUCUGGGAGCUGCUGGCCGGGAGCGAAGGCAGUGGGAACGCGAGGGCCCCAGGCUGCGGGCCCGGGCAGAGGCGGCUGAGCAGAAGCUGCUGGAGCUGGAGAGUGAAGAGAGAGCCCUGCGGGGUCAGGCUGAGAAGGAGCGGCAGGUGGUGGAGGCCGUGAGAAAGGAGCUCCAGAAGGCCGCAGUUGAGAGUCAGCAGCUGAAAACCCAGGUGGAAAGGCUGCAGUUGGAGCUUGGGCAGGUGACCCAGGAGAGAGACACGCAGCUGAAAGAGCAGGAGAAGCACCAGGAGAGGACAUACCAAGCUUUGGAAAAGCGUCUGGAAGAAGAGAGUGUGGUUGCCUUGGCCACCAAAGAUGAGGAAAUCAUGUCUCUAAAGGCCAGGGUCCAGGGCCUGGAGGGUCAGCUCCAGUGCCAGGUUUCCUUGGGGCUGAAGGCAGAGGAGCCCCCGGGGCCAGGGGGAGCCAAGGAAUGCCCCGCUGCGGCGCAGGCGGUCCAGGAGACACUGAGCGGGCGGCUCAUCAUGGUGGAGCGCAGUAACGCAGCCCUGGCAGCUGAGAAGGCUGCCCUGCAGGGGCAGAUGAGGCAGCUGGAGGGCCAGGUGGGGACCUUGCAGGGACGGGUCCAGGAGCUGCAGCUGCAGAAUCAUCGGGCCCAGGAGCAGAGCAGCCAGCUCCAGGCAGAGAAGGCUGUGCUGGAGACACAGGGCCAAGAGCUGCGGGAAAGACUGGGGGCUCUGGACAAGGAGAUGCGAGGGGCGAGGCAGGAACAGGAGGCCGCGUGGCUCCAGCACCAGGCGCUGCUAAGGGACCACGAGGCUUUGGGGCGGCUGCAGCAGCGGCAGGAGGUGGAGCUGGAGGGGCUCCUGGGCCGCCACCGGGAGCUGAAGGCCACGCUGCGGGAGCUAGAGCUGUCCCACAAGGAGCUGCAGGGCAGGUAUGAGCAGCUGCAGGCCCAAAGGGCCCAGGUGGAGGCCCAGGAGGUGGCUUUGCAGGCGGAGCGAGAGAGGCUGGCCCAGGACAGGCUGCACCAGAAGGGCCUGGAAGAGGAGCUCCGUCGGCUACAGAGCGAGCACGAGAGGGCCCAGGUGUCCUUGGCCGAUGCCUCCAGGGAGCGAGGUGAGCUGCAGGGUGAACGGGGUGAGUUGCGGGGCAGACUGGCCCGUUUGGAGCUGGAGCGGGCGCAGUUGGAGGCCCAGGGCCAGGGCCUCCGCGAGACCAACCAAAAGCUGGACCUCAGUGUCUGCCGGCUGACCACACAGUGCCAGCUGCUGACCGAGCUGAGGGCCGCCCAAGAGGAGGAGAAUCGGCAACUGCUCGCCGAGGUGCAGACACUGAGCCGGGAGAACCGGGGUCUCAUGGAGCGGAGCCUGGAGAGCCGGGACCACCUGCACAGAGAGCAGCGGGAGUACCUGGACCAGCUCAAUGCUCUGAGACGAGAAAAACAGAAAUUGGUGGAAAAGAUCAUGGACCAGUACCGAGUGCUGGAGCCGGGACCCCUGCCCCGGACCAAGAAAGGCAGCUGGCUGGCAGACAAAGUCAAAAAGCUGAUGAGACACAAGAGGGAAGGGGGACCCCGACCUGGGGCCGAGGGAGCCGGCAGCACCGAGAGCUUGGGAGGCCCCUUGGACGUGGAGCCCCCCGAGGGCAGGGAAGCCAGUGAAACAGCUUCCCCAGGGCCUAUGCGCAGGGCCCAGAGCUCUCUCUGCCUUCGGGAUGACACCUCGUCAGGUGGGCAGCGGAGGAGGCUGAGUUCCCGGCUCCCUGUGGUCCGGGGCUCUGCAUCCUUCAGCCCCGGGGAUUCCCCCCGCCAGCGUUUCCGUCAGCGUCGCCCUGGGCCUUUAGGGGCACCCAGCUCUGGAACCGGAGGAUGGGAUGGCUCAGAUGACAUCUUAGAGGGACCAGAAGCUGCGGCUGACCAAGAGAGUGAGACAGGCUUGGGAGCUGAGUAGGGGGAGUGCGGGUCCUUCAGAGCAUGAGCCCAAGAAGGCUCCCCUCACACCUUCCCUCAGCCAGUGACCCCAUGAUGAGCUCAGGAGCCCAUUGGCCUGGGAGGACCACCCCAGAGGGACCACAGCCACAGGACUCAUGACAUGGCUGGGGAUGGGAAGAGUCUCUGUGGCUGGCUUGCCCUGGCGCCUGGACCUUGGGGGGAGGCUGCUGGGCCCACCUGCUUGUGUGAGUGCUUCAGGAGGGCGCCCCUUUACCCUGAGCCUAGAAGCAUGUGGCCGGGGGGACUGGGGGGCCCUGGUCCAUGGGGGCUGGAGUGCCUGGCAUGCGGAAGAGCAGCACAGGCAGAAGAGACACCCCUGAGGAGAGGGGCCUGGAGGAAGCUUACUUGGCUUCAGGUUCCGUUUCAUUCCAUGAAAUUCAACCCCCAUGGAUUGAGUACCUACCCCAGACAAGGCCCCAUUUCUGUUAUUUAAACCUUUGCUUUGUCUUUGGCAAGACCGCAAUAAAGCCUCUGCCUGAAUGGGGCCUCUGCCUGAA